UUUACGCAUGCUGACAGUGGCGUAUGGCGUGUGCAGGUUUCCAAAGCCGGUGCUAGCUAAGCAGUAUAAAGUCUAAGCAGUAUCUUCAUUAGGUUCAGCUGAAAUGUAUGUGAUUUUUAAGGAGUUGUCGAGGGACAGAUAAAACCGGCCAGAGAGGUACAUUAAAAAACUGAAACAUGUGGAUCCAGUAAGAGCUAAAUAUCGCUGUCCAGCUCUGAAGUAGACUUUGUGCUUUUUUACAUUAGGCGCAGUAUACUAACAGGCUUCUAGAACAGAGGAGACCUGCAGCCAUGGCAGGCAAGGGUCGUGGAGUUGGUGCUUUUACCUUCAAUAUUGACGCUCUGGGCAUCGGCAGGGGCAACAUGCCAGAAGCCAGGGUGGGGCCCAGUCCUCUGUUUCCAAGCACGGAUUUUAAACCAGUUCCACUGAAAGCUGGCGAGGAUGAGGACUAUAUGCUGGCCUUAAAACAAGAGAUGAGGGGAACAAUGCAACGGCUGCCAUACAACAUCAAACCUCAGUCCAAUAAAGCAGAAGUGGAGAGAUACACCGAGAGAUACCUGAAGCAAAGCCAGAUUGACGACAAUGAAUGGACUCCAGACUGGAACCUUUUUCCAAAAGAACUGAUGCCCAGAAGAAAACGACCUCAGGCUAAAACGGGCACAAAAAAAAGUGCGAAGAUAUCACGCAAGGACACAGAGAACAUUCUGACCAAAUUAGAUGAACUGGCAAACAAAGAUGACCCUGAAAAAUCAGAUGAGGAGACUGAAAAGAAGCCGCGAAAUGAGGAUGAAGAGGAAAUUGAAGAGGAAGAAUAUGAAGAGGAGGAUAUUGAAGAGGAGAACGACUACAUAGAAAGCUACUUCGACAACGGUGAAGAUUUCGCUGCGGACAGUGACGAUAAUAUGGAUGGCGAAGCAACAUACUGAGCGUCUCUCAAGCAAGGACGUGCUGAAGUUAAACAUAAUGUGACUGCUUCUUUUGGUUAAAUAUUGCACAUAAGUUGGGAAUGCUAUUCAGUGUGGAGCGAUGCCCUUUUUCUUUUUCUGAUCAAGCUUUCGUUAAAGACUAAUGUAAAUAAGAAAUGCUGAAAUAUGUGCACACGGCAAUAAUUUAUUCAAAAUAGAUUUAUUUAUUCUUCAUCCUGUAGACAAGUUUCACAGGUUGAAAGGCACAUACUGUUAAGAACACAAUGCUCUGUCAUAGAAUAUCAACUGAACACAGUGAGAAAAUAAAAGGGCUACAUAACAAGUCUAAAAAUUGUACAUAAUUACAAAUGAG